AUGCCCAAGAGGGUUAAGGCAGUGAUGCAGAAAAUGAUGAUUGUUAAAACUGGCCUCAGGUUAUUGAGAGAUCUGAUUAGGAUUUACUCUCGUAGCAAGGUUGUUUCAUCAUGUGGUUUCAUUCAGGUCCCUAUUUUUUUUAAACACUUGUCUUUGGCAGGAGAAAGACCAGACUCACAGGAACCAGAGCCAGGGACGUCCAAACCAGCAAGACGAGACCAGUGCUCCCACUGUGGAAAGGGUUGUAACCGGUUAUGGGACGUGAAACAACAUGAGAAAAUACACACAGGGGAGAAGACUUACCACUGCUCCCAGUGUGGAAAGAGUUUUAACCAGAAAGCACACCUGAAAGCUCAUGAGAGAAUACACACAGGGGAGAAGCCUUAUCACUGCUCCCGGUGUGGAAAUAGUUUUAACGAUUUAGGGAAACUGAAACGACAUGAGAGAAUACACACAUGGAAGAAGCCUUAUCACUGCUCCCAGUGUGGAAAGAGUUUUAUUGGUUUAGGGAAACUGAAACGACAUGAGAGAAUACACACAGGGGAGAAGCCUUAUCACUGCUCCCGGUGUGGAAAUAGUUUUAACGAUUUAGGGAAACUGAAACGACAUGAGAGAAUACACACAUGGAAGAAGCCUUAUCACUGCUCCCAGUGUGGAAAGAGUUUUAUUGGUUUAGGGAAACUGAAACGACAUGAGAGAAUACACACAGGGGAGAAGCCUUACCACUGCUCCCAGUGUGGAAAGGGUUUUAAUGAGAAAUCAAACCUGAAAGUUCACGAGAGAAUACACACAGGGGAGAAGCCUUGCCACUGCUCCCAUUGUGGAAAGAGUUUUAACAAUUUAGGGAACCUAAAACAACAUGAGAGAAUACACACAGUGGAGAGGCCUUACCACUGCUCCCAGUGUGGAAAGUGUUUCAACCGACCAGGGCAUCUGAAACUGCACGAGAGAAUACACACAGGGGAGAAGCCUUAUCACUUCUCCCGGUGUGGAAAUAGUUUUAACGAUUUAGGGAAACUGAAACGACAUGAGAGAAUACACACAGGGAAGAAGCCUUAUCACUGCUCCCAGUGUGGAAAGAGUUUUAUCGGCUUAGGGAAACUGAAACGACAUGAGAGCAUACACACAGGGGAGAAGCCUUACCACUGCUCCCAGUGUGGAAAGGGUUUUAAUGAGAAAUCAAACCUGAAAGUUCACGAGAGAAUACACACAGGGGAGAAGCCUUACCACUGCACCCAGUGUGGAAAGAGUUUUAACAAUUUAGGGACCCUGAAACAACAUGAGAGAAUACACACAGGGGAGAAGCCUUAUCACUGCUCCCAGUGUGGAAAGAGUUUUAACAAUUUAGGGAACCUGAAACAUCAUGAGAAAAUACACACAGGUGAGAAGCCUUUCCACUCCUCCCAGGGUGCAAAGCUUUUGCCCAUUUAGGAAGCCUGAGAGAACACAUGAGACUGCACACAGAGGAGAAUGCUUACAAAAGGCCAGACUGAGAAAACAUAUUACUCAUAACAGUCACUUAAACGUCUUUAGAGAAUCCACACAGGAGAGAGA